CUUAUUAAACGAACGAGACAACUUCCGGCUUCUAAACCGCUCAGGCAGCGGAAAUCAUUCAACUCAGCGGAACUAAUCUGCGCAGCAUUCUACUCAAUUCUAUUUCUUUUAACGACAUAUAACGUAUUUUAUUUAGAAGUAUUUUUGGGUAAACGGUGUGAAAUUCACUUUAAGUAUCCUGAUUAUGGUGUAAACGGGCCAGUUCAGUGACUCUUGACAGCGGCAGGUGUGUGAGAGUGUGUAUGUUGGUCUGCUGGUAUGCUGACGUUAGCCAGUAAGCUGAAAAGGGAGGAGGGCGUGGGGGCAGGCCGGACCCAUGCAGGCUCCAACGAUGCCUCUCAUAGAGUGUCCAUCAGAGAUCGACUGCUCAUCAAAGAGGUUGCAGAACUUGAGGUCAACCUUCCAAAUACCUGUAAAGUUACGUUUCCUGAUGAAAACAAACUCUGUCACUUCCAGCUGGCCAUUUCACCAGAUGAAGGCUAUUACCUUGGUGGAAAGUUUCAGUUUGAGAUUGAAGUUCCUGAAGCCUAUAAUAUGGUGCCUCCCAAAGUCAAGUGCUUGACUAGAAUAUGGCACCCAAACAUUGCAGAAACUGGGGAGAUCUGUCUGAGGUAUGUGUCUUUAUUGCGUGAGCAUUCAAUUGAUGGUACUGGAUGGGCACCCACUCGUACACUAAAGGAUGUAGUAUGGGGACUGAAUUCACUCUUCACUGAUCUUCUUAACUUUGAUGACCCACUGAAUAUAGAUGCAGCAGAACAUCAUUUACGGGACAAGGAGGAUUUCAGGAACAAAGUUCAGGACUUCAUCAAAAACUAUGCAAGAUGAUGUUUCUGUCGAGCCACUCUCACAUGCAUGUGACUUUGCAGAUACACGUCAGUCCAGACUGAAUCUCAAACUAUUAAAACAUACUUGGGAAAAGAAGAUAGUUAAAAUAUGUGACGAAUGACACCACAAGUCCUUGAUCAAGGGGGGGAUGUGGGCCUUACUGUCCAUUUCCGAUGGAUUUUUUUUUUUUUUUUUUUUUUGAAGGGGACAUUAUUGCAGGUUCUUCUGAGUCAAGUUUGCUUUUACUCCCCCCGCCCCACACAAAAAAAAGAAAAGGAAAAAAAGAAGUGCAAAGAUGGUGAUCAUGAAAAUGAGGACGUAUAACCUCUCUUGAUGUCACCUCCUAUGCUAGUGCCUCUGUGUUUUUUGCCACAUAUAACUGGACAUACGUUGUAAGCCAACUUCUGCAGCCUGCUUCUUCUCAAAACUUGACAACCUACAAACACUGAGAUUAAUUUGUUCAUGAGUGAUGUCAUAGAAAUUCCAAAGUUCCAUUGGUUCAUUCGUUCUGGGGGAGGAGUCCACCUAUGGGGAAUCGCAAAAACAUAUAGCACUGAUGUCCCGCAGAAUGCAUCGGUGGAUUUCCUGGCGGAUUCUCUGAAGCCAUUACUUGUAACUCGGCACCUCCCUUCAUGUAAAGUCACUGCAGUUAUCAGACUACUCCUUAUCACAUGUGCACAUGCACAGAUAUCAGAAUAUCUGUGGGUGCCUCUCAAUGAGUUAUGAAACUGUUUCAGUUCAAAUCUGUGAGAUGUUUGUGUGUGAAUCUCACGAAUGUUCAGGUCACAUUUUUAUGGAAGCCCAUUUCCACCACGGAAUUAAAAAAAAAUAAAAAGACAAAAUGUAAUUGUGACCUUUUAACUGCAAAAAAUUAUGAACUCAGAAUUGUGAGAAAAUCUGAAUUUUAAGAGGGGAAAAGUCUGAAUUACGAGAUAUAAACGAGGAAUUCUGACUGACUUUCUCACAAUUUCGAGUUUAUAACUCAAUUCAGACUUUUUUUUUUUUUUUUUUUUGGUCAGAAUUCUAACGUUUUCUCACAAUUCCAAGUUUAUAUCUUGCAGUUCUAUUUUUUUUGCCACUGAAAAAAAAAAAAAAAAAGGUAAUUGCAACUUGUAGUCUCACAAUUCUGUUCUCGCAGUUGUGAGUUUAAAUCUCAUAAUUUAUAUUUAUAUACUCAGAAUUGAGUUUAUACCUCGCAAUUGCGAGGUAACAUCUCACAGUUCUGACUUUUAUUCUUAGAAUUGUGAGAAAAAAAAUACAUCAGAAUUCUAAGAUGUAAACUCAGAAUUACGAGAAAAAGUUUGAAUUUUGAGAUAAAAAGUCACAAUUCCAUUAUUAUUAUUAUUAUCGUCCGGUGGCAGAAACAAGAUUCCCAAAAUUUUACCCCAAAAUCAAAGGGUAAAAACAAGAAAUUCUGUUUUGCAUGUAAUGAAGAUACUGAUAAAGAUUUUGAGUUAAAACAUAUAUAUUUUUUCAUGGUAAACUAAGCAUGUUUUCCUCAAUUUCAAACAUUUUUCUGCAUUAGGGCAGUAAGAAUUUUGUGGAAAUUAUGCGUAAAUAUCAUCAAAUAAUAAUAAUAAUAAUAAUAAUAAAAGCUAAAUAUUAUUUCUUAUUACUUUUAAUUUUGGGGUCAAAUAUAACCUGGACAUGUUCUGGACCGAUUUUGUGAGAUUUGCUCUUGCUCUUGAAUGCAUUUUCGUCAAUGUAUAAACGUUCAGCUUUACCGAUGUGUGCAUGUACACAAGAAUACUUGUAUGCUUGUACUGUGUUUGUGUGUGUGUGUGUGAAAGUGAGUGUGUGUGUGUGUGUGUUUUUGAGCGUGGGAGACUGGGAUUUUAAUACAUGUCUGAUUUGGUAGCAUGCACUGGGCUACUGAACUGCUCAGCCAUAAAGCCUGUUCAAUUAGUGAGGAUUUACUUUAUUUCAUUUGAUUUCUUUUUCUCCUUAGAGGUGUAUAUCCAUUUGUAAAGUAUAUUAAAGAGGAAUUCUACCACUAA